AUGUCCCCUGAAGAGGCUGAGAUGGUCUCCCAAUACUGGCUGGGCAAAGACUACAGUAACCUGAUAUUUAAAGACUGGGUACAACUGGACAAACCUUUUGAAGAUUUCAUCGAUCGAUUGAAAAACCCACGAAUGCCAUGGAGGGACAUAGGUGCAGUGAUUCUCGGUAAAGCUGCAAGGGAUGCAUCUAGACACUUUAUUCAAAGGUGGAACUUUACAAAGACCACCAAAUCGAAAUAUAAAGGUCCGUCAUUCCCAUAUCUUCUUCCGAAAUCUCUGAGCACAGCGGACAGACAUCAGUACUCGGUGCCAGGAUGCCACAGUGCCACUGUACAGUUGUUGAGGUCGGUUGAUCGCUGGUCUGCAGGAUGUAACGAAUGUUCCAUUCACAACGCCUACGUGCACUGUAUAUCCAAUGCUGAACACUACGUCUACAUAGAGAAUCAGUUCUUCAUCAGCUGUACGGGUGGACGGACAAUACAGAACUCCAUCACAGAAGCCAUCGUUAAGCGGAUAUGCCGAGCGCACAAGGAAAACGCCACCUUCCGAGUCUUCAUCGUCAUCCCUCUGUUACCGGGCUUCGAGGGGAACAUUGAGAUGGGAGGUGGAAACUCCAUCCAGGCCAUUCUGCACUACACAUACAGUUCUAUUUGCCGCGGAGAGAAUUCGAUCAUCUCUCAGCUUAAGGAGGAGAUGGGCGAUGGCUGGCGGCAGUACCUCUCGGUUUGCGGUCUGCGGACGCAUGGCGACAUGCCUGACGGCUCUCUAGUAACGGAGCUCAUUUACAUACACAGCAAGAUGCUGAUCGUUGACGACAGAAAAGUCAUCAUUGGUUCAGCGAACAUCAAUGACAGGAGCCUGCUGGGGAAGAGGGACAGCGAGCUGGCUGUGUUUGUGGAAGAUACAGAAUUUGUGAACUCCACAAUGAACGGCAAUGUGUACCAGGCUGGAAAGUUUGCUUUAAGUCUUCGGAUGGAUUGUUUCAAUACAAUUCUUGGUGCACUGAAGCCUCCAUGUCUGGAUGUAUCAGAUCCGGUUUCUGAUCGAUUUUUUUAAUGAGAUCUGGAAUCCCACGGCACUGAAUAACGCAGCCCUGUAUGACCAGGUAUUCCGUUGUCUCCCAACCAAUGCCGUGCCGAGCCACCGUGUACGCCAGGCCUACACAGCCGUGCCCAGCCUUGCCAGCACGGUUUCCCCAGAUCUCCAGGGAGAUGUUAACACGGGCGAAGGGCCAUUUGGUGGAGUUCCCUUUGUACUUUCUUUCUGAGGAGAAUCUGUUACCUCCACUAAGCAGCAAGGAGGGCGUCAUCCCCACCGAAGUCUGGACGUGA